GGUUUGUCGACUUCAGCAAUGGAGGGAAUGCUCUCUUCCAGUGACCAACAGAAACUGGUCACUUCUUUCCUUGAGAUCGCUGUCGGCCAGACAGCUGAAACUGCACGGCAAUUCUUAGAGGCGACAAGCUGGAAACUUGACGAAGCGAUUCAGCUUUUUUACGUUGGAGGCGAAGGUGGAAUGCUUCCGUCUGGUACACACACUCAGCCAGCGUCCGGCGAUCACAUGGCUGCACAAUCUUGGGGUGCGGCUAACACAGGAAACGAAAGGAUACUGCAGAGUGAUGUAGAUGAAGUCCGUCCUCCUUUACCUGUUGUUGGAGAUUUAUCCUCAGAGCUGCCUUUACUGGUCAAAGGAGUUGUCUUCCUGCUACUUCUAUUGCUUAUAGAAUCGCACUUGCAGAGAAAACUAAUUGUGUCUUCAUCUGUCAUGGCUAUGAGACCGGGACACUCUCAGCCUGAAGCAACUUCUUUGAUUGCUUUCCGUAACUUCAGUGAAGAGCCAAAAAGCCCUGGAGUUUGGGAACCAGAAGAAGGUGCUUCCUCUGCAGCUGCCUCAGCUUCUGCAUCAGAGACAGCAUCAGCUCCUCGGGAUAGCUUGGCAUCGUUGUACCGUCCUCCUUUCCAUCUCAUGUUGCAUGGCUCAUUCGAACAGGCGAAAACCAUUUCUUCUUCUCAAGAUAAAUGGCUUCUUGUCAACCUCCAAUCUACCACCGAGUUCAGCUCUCAUAUGCUAAAUCGAGAUACAUGGGCAAAUGAAGCUGUUUCUCAGACAAUUAAAGCCAACUUCAUCUUCUGGCAGGUCUAUGAUGAUACCACAGAAGGAAGAAAGGUCUGCACAUACUACAAGCUCGAAUCGAUUCCCGUGGUGCUCGUAAUUGAUCCAACCACUGGUCAAAGGAUGAGAAUGUGGUGUGGAAUGGUCCAACCCGAGAAUCUGCUAGAGGAUUUAGUGCCGUUCAUGGACGGUGGUCCUCGCGAACACUUUGCUUCUCUCUCAAAGAAACGACCAAGAGGCAGCUUCUCAUUAACUCCUCAUUCCAAAUCCAAAGAGGAAGUUUCUAAAGAUGAAGAAGAAGAAGAAUUGCAACGAGCAUUGGCUGCUUCCUUGGAAGACAACGACAUGAAAGAUGCGUCAGAUGAUAAAUCUCCAAUAACGCCUGAAGAAGUAGCGGCUGAAGCAGUUACAACCGCUGUUCUGCCAACAUUCCCUCCUCUGCCGGAAGAACCAAAGGGAGGCGAUCGCAGCGUUCAAUGCAGAGUCGGGAUCCGUCUACCCAACGGACAAAGAGUCCAGAGGAAUUUCCUCAAAACCGACUCAGUUCAGCUUCUCUGGUCUUUCUGCUAUUCUCAGCUUGAGGAAUCAGAGAGGAAUAAGCCAUUGAAGCUAACACAGGCGAUUCCAGGUGAAUCAAAGACGUUGGAGUAUGAAUCUAACUUAACCUUGGAGCAAUCUGGUGUUGCCAAUUCCAUGAUCUCUGCUACAUGGGAAUGA